GGGAGGGGACAAUGCCGCCCCUCUGGGGACAAUGGUGACACCGUCGUGUACCCCCAGGCCGCCCGGAACUACAACUCCCGGCAAGCUCCGCGCCGCAACGCGCUUAGACGGAGCGCGCUGAUUGGCUGCGGGGUUUGGACCAAUCAGCGCGCGCGUUGUUGGGUGUUGUGUGGGGAACGGGCCGGCGCUGUGAGAAGGGGUCAAGAUGGUUCUGGAGAGCACCAUGGUGUGCGUGGAUAACAGCGAGUACAUGCGGAACGGGGACUUCCUGCCCACGCGGCUGCAGGCGCAGCAGGACGCCGUGAACAUCGUGUGCCACUCCAAAACCCGCAGCAACCCCGAGAACAACGUGGGGCUCAUCACCCUGGCCAAUAACUGUGAGGUGCUGACCACGCUGACCCCCGACACCGGGCGCAUCCUCUCCAAACUCCACACGGUGCAGCCCAAAGGAAAAAUCACCUUCGGCACCGGGAUCCGCGUGGCUCACCUGGCGCUGAAGCACCGGCAGGGCAAGAACCACAAGAUGAGAAUCAUCGCCUUCGUGGGCAGCCCCGUGCACGACAGCGACAAGGACCUGGUGAAGCUGGCCAAGCGCCUGAAGAAGGAGAAGGUCAACGUUGACAUCAUCAACUUCGGCGAGGAGGCGAGAACCCCACCCGCCCCGCAAAAACCCCCAAAUCCCUUUCCCUCCCACACAACCCCACGCAAUCCCACGAUUCCCCAGAUCCCAGGGUUUUCUUUUUUGAAUUCCCAGGAGGCCAACACGGAGAAGCUGACGGCGUUCAUCACGGCUCUCAACGGCAAGGACGGCAGCGGCUCCCACCUGGUGACGGUGCCGCCGGGCCCCAGCCUGGCCGACGCCCUCAUCAGCUCCCCCAUCCUGGCCGGGGAGGGAGGGGCCAUGCUGGGCCUGGGGGCUUCCGACUUCGAGUUCGGGGUGGAUCCCAGCGCUGAUCCCGAGCUGGCGCUGGCUCUCCGCGUGUCCAUGGAGGAGCAGAGGCAGCGGCAGGAGGAGGAGGCUCGGAGGGCGGCGGCGGCCUCGGCAGCGGAGGCCGGGAUUGCUGCGGCCGGAGGGGACGAGUCGGACGAGGCCCUGCUCAAGAUGACCAUGGGGCAGCCCGAGUUCGGCCGGGCGGGGCUGCCGGACCUGAGCUCCAUGAGCGAGGAGGAGCAGAUCGCCUACGCCAUGCAGAUGUCCCUGCAGGGAGCUGAGUUUGCCCAGGCGGAGGCGGCUGAGGUGGACAGCGGAGCGGCCAUGGACACGUCCGAGCCCGCCAAGGAGGAGGACGACUACGACGUGAUGCAGGAUCCGGAAUUCCUGCAGAGCGUCCUGGAAAACCUUCCAGGGGUGGAUCCCAACAACGAGGCCAUCCGGAAUGCCAUGGGAUCCCUGGCGUCCCAGGCAGCCCGGGAAAACCGGGAAAACCGCGACAGGAAGGACGAGGAGAAAAAAUGAACCCCGGGAAUUCCAGGGAAAAAGGGGCGGGAAUCGACGGGAUUGCUCGGGAAUCGCAGAAAUAAAAGGAAUCAAAGGAGUUUCUUGGGAA